UCCAGCCCGUGGGUUUCUGCUCGUGACAGCUCGGGUUGGUCAUUCUGAGAGUUUCUCACGAUGGACCUGAAAGACUUCUGUCUGAGUGACAGUUUUCACAUCUUCAAUCAGCACAGCCAUUUACUGAGCCGGUCGCCCAUCGGUGAUUCUCCGUCGUCGUGCGAGCCCAGUGUGAAGACGGAGCCCCCCAGCCCCACGUUAGCGCUGGACAGCGCCACACAGUUCAGCCCCGGCGGCUCCUCAGACAGCAGCGGCUACAGCCUGCUCUCUCAAGCGCACUCUCUCGAUCCGGAUUCCCCGAGUUCGUGCAGCGCCGGUAGCGGCGGCGGCGGUAGAGCCCUGCCCGACACCUGCAGCGCCCAGUUCUACCGAGCCGACAGAGCGCUGUCGCUCCCGGCCGCGGACACCCUUCUCAAGAGCGACUACGCCGCCGCGCUCAGUUCGGGACCGAAGCGGCUCUGUUUGGUGUGCGGGGACUUCGCUUCGGGCUACCACUAUGGUGUAGCAUCCUGUGAGGCCUGCAAGGCGUUCUUCAAGAGAACCAUUCAAGGUAACAUCGAGUACAGCUGCCCAGUGAUGAACGAGUGUGAGAUUACCAAACGCAGAAGGAAGUCCUGCCAGGCCUGUCGCUUUCGGAAGUGCCUGCAGGUGGGAAUGAUGAAGGAAGGCGUUCGCAUGGACCGUGUGCGGGGGGGUCGCCAGAAGUACAAGAGACGAGUGGACUCUGGAGGGCCGUUCUGCAUCAAAGCCCCAUAUUCAAGCCCCACCAAACCCACAGGUAACAAAGUCAUAUCGCACCUCCUUAUGAUGGAGCCCACUCCAGUCUGCGCCAUGCCUGACCCCACCACCCCUGACAGCGACAUCAAGACCCUGAUGACCCUGUGUGACCUUUUGAACAGGGAGCUGCUGGUCGUCAUUGGCUGGGCUAAGCACAUCCCAGGUUUCUCUGCUCUCUCCCUGGUGGACCAGAUGGCUCUGCUCCAGAGUGGCUGGAUGGAGGCGUUGAUUUUGGUCGUAGUGUCCCGGUCGCUGAGCUUCACCGAGGAGCUGGUGUUCGCCGGGAAUUUCCGGCUGGAUCGGGCACAGUGCCGGGCAGCAGGACUGCAAGACCUGUACACAGCCCUCAAGCACCUGAUCUCCAAGUACCAGCAGAUGCACCUCAGCCCGGAGGAGGUGGUCACCCUCAAAGCCAUGGUCCUUGCCAACUCAGACUCCGGCAGUGUGGAGAACCCGGAGGCGAUCCAGCAGUUCCAGGACGUGCUCCACGAGGCCCUCCAGGAUUUCGAGACCGGCCGGCACCCCGGGGACCCCCACCGCACAGGCAAGCUGCUGAUGACCCUGCCGCUGCUCCGCCAGACCGCCAAUCGCGCCGUGGACACUUUCUGCCGGCUGCAGCUGGAGGGCAGGGUGCCCAUGCACAAACUCUUCCUGGAGAUGCUGGAGGCCAAGAUGUGACCCCCAAACACACACGCACACAGUCCCCCAGUGACACACCGACACACCCCACCCCACGCCGUGGAGCCCGGCCCUUCUGGGAAGGCUGCCCGAGUUCACCAUUCCUAUGUGCUCACACCGGAACCAGAGAGGAAAAACAUUUCAUCGCCUCGAAAUCAACCCGAGAUGGAUUGGAUAUUCCAAAUAUGUUAUGGGGGGGAGCAUACUUUCGGUUUUUCUCUGCUACAACUGAGCCACCUGUGAUAUGGUAUUGAAUUUUCCAAGUACAUACAGGAACUGUCAUAUCACAUUAUUGUCAAAUGGAUUUUCCUUUGUGGCAGAGCAACAGUAUGUGUACAAUCCCGUAAGUGUCCACAAGAGGGCGCCAAAGAUAGCCUAGCGAGUGCUAAACAGGGACAAUCGCGUCUGGAUGCCUUAAGGUGGAAUUCUGCGUACGAACGACGCUGACUCCGGGUAUCUAAGGGCGGAGGGGGUAGUUAGUCACUUACAGUACGUGAGCGACGGGAUAUAAGUGUAUCCUGAUUUGUGCUAGAAUAGAUUCGGUUUAAAACGUUUAUUUGGUUAAAAAAAAUUGAAACGCAAAGGUCAGGGGUUUCAGAGGUUGGAAGAAAAAAUGGUAUCGCCUGCUUCCCGUGUUGGGCCGCCCAUAGAAAGCGGUAACUUUUGCAAUAGAUUCCAUUUUCUUUUUUCUAAACGCUUUCGCCGGUUGCCUUUCGCAUAUUGUUUUGGUGCUUUCUAGCGAAUUCCUGCGGGAUUAUUCCGGAAACAUGCCCUACUGUUGCUCUCCCACAGUAAACCUGCCAGCUCAUGACCCAGGACUGGAAUCGCCAGCAUCCUGUCAGGUUGGUUUAGGUAGGAAUGAAGUCCUUUUUCAUGCUGGUAACCGGAACAUAAAUGUUAUUGAAAACAUACAGGGUGCUUUUAUAAAAUCUGACUGUUCUACCUUAUUCAAGUUAUAUUAACUUGUUUUGAAGGCACGCAGUAGAGGGUGUGACUUAAGACAUUUAUUGCUAUUUAUAUUAAUUGCAUUCUCAGGGAAAAGUCCUGCUGUUAUUUAUAUCCUGAAUAAGUCUGUAGAAAGUUAAAAACCGGCAUAAGUUUCCCACAUUACUCAUAGUAGCACAGAAAAUGCAGCUGGAACACAAUUUCUAGUUCUGUCAGUCUGUUUGCCAUAUGGUGAGGUCUACUCCGUGGCUAAUGAAGCUGAGACUGCAGGCCCAGACUCCAAGCUUACUUGAAAACUGUGAAAUCAAUCAGGCGUGAUGUUUGCAGUCCUCCACAGGAGUGAAUUUCAAAGAGCUUUAAGUCCUAGGAGGACACUAGAGUGGAUGAAACAAUAUAGGUCAGUUCGUUCCAGAGUGCAGGCAGAGUAUUCUCCAGCUUUGGACUGGCAAUACUGUAAAGGAAGAGGUUUUGACAGACCUGUGACUCGCAUUAUAAAAUGGAAGCAGUGAUCUUUUGAAUAUUGCAAUCAAUUGUUUGCCAUCUUGUGCGAAACAUGUUCUCGUCAGUGACAAGCAGAGGGAUCUAGUCUGCAAAGAGUUUCAGUAAGGUAAAAUAAAAAAGGGCACCUCCUGCUGACUGGUGGUAAAUGCACUUAUACUGUAAAGAAAGCUGACGCGCAUUAAACUGCAAUACAACAGA